UCAGUCACUUUUCGUUACUUGCCACGACAGGACGUGUGUUCCUCUGCGAUCGCGUAAAGGAGAAGUUCUGACACUUAAAAUUUUGAUUCGCAACACUCGACUCUUUAUCACUCCUUUUUUUUACCGUGAAAAAAAAAAACAAAUUAUAAACAUUUUUUUUUUUAAACUGUGAAAAACGAAGCAAAUAUUCUACUUUGGAUACACAACAAGAUCGCGGAAAAUUCGCAACAAAACAAAACACAAUUAAAAAAGAACUCUUGGCUGCGACGAAGCGACAGACAGCAGCUGGCAAGAUGCUCAAGUGGGCUGUCAACCAGCCGCGAAACUCGUAUUUGGCCAAGGGAUCGGAAACAGGAUCGCUGGACCCGAAGGCCGAGGUGGUUGGCUCCAGCUACAGCGAGUUCCACGCCCUGCGCGGCAAGCUCAAGAUGAGGAGGAGUAUGGGCUUGGCCCAGGGCAAGGAGAACCAGCUGACCUCCACUCCGCUGCCGGCAGCCUGCACCCGCACGCCGCUGCUCAAGGAUCUCAGCAACAUCCUGGCCACUCCGCCAUCUGGAGGAGCAGCCUCUGGAGCUGCAUGCCAACCCCCCAAGUUCGCCUGCACCCUGCCCACCUUCGAGGCGGAGUACUCGCCCAACGCCGCCGUCAUCCCUGGCUCCCUGAUCGCCCUGCGCGGCGUGGGCAUCCCGGACAGCUACUUCGAGAAGCCACGCUACCUGGAGCAGAAGCCACUGCCUCAACCAGCUCCUCCUGCCACCGCCUGCCAACAGACCACACUCAGCUCCAGCCAGAUGGGAGAUGUGACCCUGGAGCGCAUGAUCGAUGCCAUCCUGGAGAGCAACCGCAAGGUGCCGCAUCUGCGCCAGCCCAGGCAGCAUCUCCGCCAGCGGCACAGGCAGCAGGUGCUCCGGAACAGCCACGCCCAGUUGCAGACCCACUCGCCCACCUACCGCCCCGCCUUCGAUCCGGCAAGCGAUCUGUGCGAGUACUGGAAGUCGCCCUCGCGGAGGGAUUCCCUGCCAGCCGAUGGCUUCGAGGAGCGGGAGGUGCGCUCCCCACUGCCACUGCCCACUAAUGCCAAUGCCAUCCAAUCCCAGGGCAAGCGGCACUCCCUGCAGCUCCGCAGGCAGCGGGUGGUGCGGCGCAAGAGGAAGAUCACCACAAAGAUCUCCUCCAGCGUCAGGCAGUCGGCGCAGAAGCUGCUGGCCGCGGCCAGGUCCGGAUCCGGAGUGCCCGGCCACCGGUCCGCCGCCCAGAAGAGGCGCCACAUCAGCCCGGACAGUGGGCACAACUCCACCAGCGACUUCGAGGAGGAGCUGGUGGCCAGGGGAUCCUGCGCCGCUCUGGCGGAGGCGGUCACCAAGAGACGCCUCAGCUUCUCCUUCGCCGAGGAUCUGUUCGUGGAGAAGUGACGCACCGGGGCGACACUUUUAAUGUUACUUUUUGACUACUGUUCGGUUACAAUUAAAUCCUUUUUUUUUGUGUGGCUAAAAGCGCAGCAUGGCCUUGGAAUCCGUAUGUUGAAACAGAUCCUAUAACUAUCUAAGAAUCCCUUUUUUUUGACAAAUAAAACACUGAUUUAAGAAACAA